AUGGUCCGGUUCCUCUUGGUUUUCUUCCCAACUCUCUUUUUGGAGAUGACUCUACUCCCCAGAGGCCCCGGCAGGAAAGUGAUGCUGGCGGGAGCCUCAUCUCAGCGCUCCGUGGCCAGAAUGGACGGAGAUGUCAUCAUCGGGGCCCUCUUCUCAGUCCAUCACCAGCCUCCGGCCGAGAAGGUGCCCGAGAGGAAGUGUGGGGAGAUUAGGGAGCAGUACGGCAUCCAAAGGGUGGAGGCCAUGUUCCACACUUUGGAUAAGAUCAACGCGGACCCAGUCCUCCUGCCCAACAUCACUCUGGGCAGUGAGAUCCGGGAUUCCUGCUGGCACUCCUCUGUGGCUCUGGAGCAGAGCAUUGAGUUCAUCAGGGACUCUCUGAUUUCCAUUCGAGAUGACAGGGACGGGCUCAACCGCUGCCUGCCGGACGGUCAGACCCUCCCCCCAGGCAGGGCUAAGAAGCCCAUUGCGGGCGUGAUCGGCCCCGGCUCCAGCUCCGUCGCCAUUCAAGUACAGAACCUGCUGCAGCUCUUUGACAUCCCCCAGAUCGCGUACUCUGCCACCAGCAUCGAUCUGAGUGACAAAACUCUGUACAAAUACUUCCUGAGGGUGGUCCCUUCUGAUACUUUGCAGGCAAGGGCGAUGCUUGACAUAGUCAAGCGGUACAAUUGGACCUAUGUCUCCGCAGUCCACACGGAAGGGAAUUAUGGGGAGAGCGGAAUGGAUGCUUUCAAAGAGCUGGCCGCCCAGGAAGGCCUCUGCAUCGCCCACUCAGACAAAAUCUACAGCAACGCUGGGGAGAAGAGCUUUGACCGACUCCUGCGCAAGCUCCGAGAGCGGCUUCCCAAGGCCAGAGUGGUGGUGUGCUUCUGCGAAGGGAUGACCGUCCGGGGCCUCCUGAGCGCCAUGCGGCGCCUUGGCGUCGUGGGCGAGUUCUCACUCAUCGGAAGUGAUGGAUGGGCAGACAGAGAUGAAGUCAUUGAAGGUUAUGAGGUGGAAGCCAACGGGGGAAUCACGAUAAAGCUGCAGUCUCCAGAGGUCAGGUCAUUUGAUGAUUAUUUCCUGAAACUGAGGCUGGACACUAAUACAAGGAAUCCCUGGUUCCCUGAGUUCUGGCAACAUCGGUUCCAGUGCCGCCUACCAGGACACAUUCUGGAAAACCCCAACUUUAAAAGAAUCUGCACAGGCAAUGAAAGCUUAGAAGAGAACUAUGUCCAGGACAGUAAGAUGGGGUUUGUCAUCAAUGCCAUCUACGCCAUGGCACACGGGCUACACAACAUGCACCAGGCCCUCUGCCCCGGCCAUGUGGGCCUCUGCGAUGCCAUGAAGCCCAUCGAUGGCAGCAAACUCCUGGACUUCCUCAUCAAGUCCACGUUCAUCGGUGUGUCUGGAGAGGAGGUGUGGUUUGAUGAGAAAGGGGAUGCUCCUGGAAGGUAUGAUAUUAUGAAUCUGCAGUACACAGAAGCCAAUCGCUAUGACUAUGUACAUGUUGGAACUUGGCAUGAAGGGGUGUUGAACAUCGAUGAUUACAAAAUCCAAAUGAACAAGAGUGGAAUGGUACGGUCUGUAUGCAGUGAGCCUUGCUUAAAGGGUCAAAUCAAGGUCAUACGGAAAGGGGAAGUCAGUUGCUGCUGGAUUUGCACUGCCUGCAAAGAGAAUGAGUAUGUGCAAGAUGAAUUCACCUGCAAAGCUUGUGACUUGGGAUGGUGGCCCAAUGCAGAUCUGACAGGAUGUGAACCCAUUCCUGUCCGCUACCUUGAGUGGAGCAACAUAGAGUCCAUCAUAGCCAUCGCCUUUUCCUGCCUGGGCAUCCUUGUCACCUUGUUUGUCACCCUGAUCUUCGUGCUGUACCGAGACACACCUGUGGUCAAGUCUUCCAGCCGGGAGCUCUGCUACAUCAUCCUAGCUGGCAUCUUCCUUGGUUACGUCUGUCCCUUCACCCUCAUUGCCAAGCCCACCACCACCUCCUGCUACCUGCAGCGCCUCCUGGUCGGCCUCUCUUCUGCCAUGUGCUACUCCGCUUUAGUGACCAAAACCAACCGCAUCGCACGCAUCUUGGCUGGCAGCAAGAAGAAGAUCUGCACCCGGAAGCCCAGGUUUAUGAGCGCCUGGGCCCAGGUGAUCAUUGCCUCAAUUCUGAUCAGCGUGCAGCUAACCCUGGUGAUCACCCUGAUCAUCAUGGAGCCCCCCAUGCCCAUCCUGUCCUACCCGAGCAUCAAAGAAGUCUACCUUAUCUGCAAUACCAGCAACCUGGGGGUGGUGGCCCCUUUGGGCUACAAUGGGCUCCUCAUCAUGAGCUGUACCUACUAUGCCUUCAAGACCCGCAACGUGCCCGCCAACUUCAACGAGGCCAAGUACAUUGCCUUCACCAUGUAUACCACCUGCAUCAUCUGGCUGGCUUUCGUGCCCAUUUACUUUGGGAGCAACUACAAGAUCAUUACUACCUGCUUUGCAGUGAGCCUCAGUGUAACGGUGGCCCUGGGGUGCAUGUUCACCCCCAAGAUGUACAUCAUUAUUGCCAAACCCGAGAGGAAUGUCCGUAGUGCCUUUACCACCUCGGACGUGGUCCGCAUGCACGUCGGCGACGGCAAGCUGCCCUGCCGCUCCAACACUUUACUCAGCAUUUUCCGAAGAAAGAAACCAGGGGCGGGGAAUGCCAAUUCUAAUGGCAAGUCUGUGUCGUGGUCCGAACCAGGUGGAAGACAGGUGCCCAAAGGCCAGCACAUGUGGCAUCGCCUGUCGGUGCACGUGAAGACCAACGAGACGGCCUGCAACCAAACGGCCGUCAUCAAACCCCUCACUAAAAGUUACCAAGGCUCCGGCAAGAGCCUGACCUUCUCCGAUACCAGCACCAAGACCCUUUACAACGUGGAGGAGGAGGACGCCCAGCCUGCGCGCUUCAGCCCUCCCAGCAGUCCUUCCAGGGCGGCGCCCCGCCGCGUGCAGACCGCGGCCAGCACGCCGCCCCUGCCGCCCCACCUGACGGCCGAGGAGACCCCCCUCUUCCUGGCCGAGCCGGCCGUCCCCAAGGGCUUGCCCCCGCCCCUCCAGCAGCCGCCGCUGCCGCAGAAAUCCUUCCUGGACCAGCUGCAGGGCGUGGUCAACAAUUUCAGCGCCGGGAUCCCGGAUUUCAGCUCGGUGCUGGCGGUCCCCGGGGCCGCGGGGAACGGGGCGCGGUCCCUGUUCCCGCCCCCGGCGCCCCCGCAGCACCUGCCGCUGCUGCCGCUGCCGCUGAGCCCCUUCGCCGAGGAGCCCGCCUCGCCGCCCGGCGAGGACGACGACGAGGACGACAGCGAGAGAUUCAAGCUGCUGCAGGAGUACCUGUCCGAGCGGGAAGGGAACACGGAGGAGGACGAGCUGGAGGAGGAAGAGGAGGAGGGGGACCUGCCGGCGCCCAGCAAGCCCACCCCCGAGGCCUCGCCCGCCCUGACGCCCCCGUCCCCGUUCCGCGACUCGGUGGCCUCGGGCAGCUCCGUGCCCAGCUCCCCGGUGUCCGAAUCGGUGCUCUGCACCCCUCCCAACGUGACCUACGCCUCGGUCAUCCUGAGGGACUAUAAGCAGAGCUCGUCCACCCUGUAG